AUGUCAAGGCACCUGGAGAGUCUCAUCCUCAGUUCCUUCGGGACACCUACCAGGGACAACUACUUCAAUAUUGAUGAAAGUACUGGGGUCAUCUCUGUGACAACGGCACUAGACAGAGAGGAAUUUGAGCAGAUCACGGUUUACAUACAGGCAACUCAGCAGGAUGAUGCCAGCAAAACAGCAAAUGCGGUGGUGUCCGUCACCAUUGAGGAUGUGAAUGACAACCCGCCGGAAUUUGACCAGGAUCAAUACACAGUAUCUAUUCCAGAAAAUUCACCACAGGGCCAGUUUGUGCUUCAGACUAGAGUCACUGACCUAGACCUGGGAGGAUUUAUGGGAACACUGCAGAUUAUUCCAGACUCCGUCCCUUUUUCCAUCAGCCUUGAUGGAACUAUUCAGGUGAAAAGUUCUGCUGACCUAGACAGAGAGACCACAGAUAGCUUCAGUUUUCAGGUUGAAGCACAAGAAAACCCUCCUUCCACCAACAAAGCAACAGCAGAUGUGACCAUUGUCCUCCUGGAUGAGAAUGACAACAGUCCACAGUUUACAACUCCCAAGUAUGAGGGCAAAGUUUUCAGCAAUCAGACUAGUGGAAUGCAAGUUGUCAAGGUUGAAGCAACAGACCUGGAUGAAGGUUCAAAUGGGGAAAUCAGCUACUCCAUUGAGUUUGGAAAUGAGAAGGGUCAUUUUGAAAUGAAUGAGAAUGAUGGGGAGAUUACACUAGUUAAAGAAAUCAGCCUGGUGGACAAUAAAAUCAUUGAAUUUGCUCUCUAUGUGACUGCAAAAGACAGGGGUGCUAUAAGCAGAUCAACUUCUGCAAUAGUAAAUGUCAAGGCACCUGGAGAGUCUCAUCCUCAGUUCCUUCGGGACACCUACCAGGGACAAGUAGAGGAGGAUCAGGCAGACACAGACAUCGUGAAGGACACCAUGAAAGGACCAUCAAAGUAG